CGAUGUCAUCUCCCCCACUCGCCACGCUUUAUCUAUACAACACAACUUGAUGCCCGUGAUGUUCGAUCUUUUCUGCCUCCCUUCUCAUACUCUAUAUCCUUUAUCUAGCGGUGCCGAUUCCUAGCAUCAACGACCUCAUGUGAAGAUAUCUCCGCGGAUGACACUGUUUGCGCAUCGCAAUCGGAAGUCUGGUGUACUGGGAGCUAGCUCUCUGGCUGCGUAGAAGAAUUUGUGCUCUGUCUGGGGUACUGCUGUACAUAUAUUCCCACAUCCCCAUUACCCAGGAUGGAGCUGCAGCAAGACACAAUAAUGGAGGAGCCAUUUGGUCUGAAAGACACAGAGCCUAAAAGAGAAAGGGAGAAGAAGAAAAAACAACGGCAUGGCUGGAGACGUCGCAGAAGAGGCGAGGAUGAGGAGAUAGACUGGUGGUUUGCCAGUACCGGGAUCCCCUUGCUUGCAGCAACCCUCGGCCCGCUAGCAAACGUAACCUCCAUCGCGGCCCUCGUAACCAGCUGGCGCCAAACCAACUACCUAAACAACGUCUUCGUCCCCGACUUCAACGGCAUCCCCUACGCCGACCCGCACUGGUGCUACUGGCUCAACGCCGCCUCCCUCAUCUGCGGCUUCCUCGGCAACAUCUUCCUGCUGCUAAACUUCACGCAACGAAUCCGCUACCUCAUCGCCCUCCCAGCCACCAUCCUCUUCUGGUUCUGCUCAUCCGGCCUGCUCAUCGCGAGUACAGCUUGCAUGGAGGUCUUCGCCCCGCCGCACCGCCCGUACGAGACGUACACGCAGGGCUUUUGGUAUGCGGUGGCGUCGGCGACGUUUUAUACCGUCUGUGCGUUGCUGCUGAUGGGGAAUAUGCUGGGGUAUUAUCUGGGGAGGUAUCCUGAUACGUUUGCGUUGAGUGAUAGCCAGAGGACGCUUAUCCUGCAGACGAUGGGGUUCUUUAUCUGGUUGGGGGGUGGGGCUGCUGUGUAUACGAGGAUUGAGAAGAGGGAUGGGGUAAGGUGGAGUUUUGCUGAUGCGCUCUACUUCUGCGACGUAACCAUUCUAACCGUCGGCUUCGGCGACCUCGCGCCCACCACAAACAUAGGCCGCGGAAUCGUCUUCCCCUACUCCGUCGGCGGCAUCCUGACGCUCGCCCUCGUCGUCUCAGCCCUAUACCGCUUCAUGCGCGACAUCGGCGAGGAGAAAAUCGUCCAGAAGCGCGUCAACCGCGAGCGCAUGAGAGCACUCCAACGCACCACCCCACCACCCCCAUCCGACCUGCGCCACCGCGAGCACAAAGCCCACCACCUGAUCCAGCGCCGCGCACCCGUUGGUCAACCGCGUAUCAGCGCGCCGUCCUCGCUACGCCCCUUCCGCACAGCAAUCCCCCGCAUGCCGAAGAAGCCCAACCACCAAGCCAGAAUGCAGCUCCUCACCGAAGAAAAAGCGCGUUUCGAAGCCAUGCGCGCCAUCCAACUCUCCACCAAAAAAUACAAAAAAUGGCUCUCCCUCCUCUGGUCACUAUCCCUCUUCCUCCUCCUAUGGUGCAUCGGCGCGCUCGUCUUCUGGCAGACGGAAAAACACACACAAAACAUGACGUACUUCCAAGCCCUAUAUUUCUGCUACAUCAGCCUACUAACCAUCGGCUACGGCGACUUGUCCCCCCAGUCCAACGCCGGCCGCUGCUUCUUCGUCGUGUGGAGCCUCAUUGCUGUGCCGAGUAUGACGAUUUUGGUCUCGGAUUUGGGGGAUACGGUGGUUGCGGUGUUUAAGGCGCGGGUGGAUGGCGUGGCGGAUUUUACGGUGCUGCCCAGGGAGGGCGUGUGGAGGGGGUUUUUGGAUGCGCAUCCCGCGCUGCUGGGGAGGCUGCGGGAGAGGGCGGGGAGGAGGCGCGUGGAGAGGGGGUUUGAGGCUGGGGAGGGGGAGGCGGGGGUGGAGUUGGGUCGCGCUGGGGGUUUUAACGACGUUGAAGCCCCCGCAGAAGCAGAGGAAGUGGAUGUGGAAACAACCCCCCACACACAUACACACGCCUCCCUCUCCCGCCACCUCGCCCACACAAUUAAAUCCGUUUCCCUCGACUUGCGCCUCCCGCGCCCGAAACGGUAUGCGUAUGAGGAGUGGGUCGAGUUUACGCGGUUGAUUCGGUUUACGACGCCCCAGAUUGACCCCGACGAAAGACGGGGAGGAGGCGGAGGCAGAGACAGAGGCGGAGACGGAGGUGAAGACGGAGGUGAAGACGGAGGCGGAGGCAGAGCAGAAGAACAAGGCCUCGUGGAGUGGGAUUGGAUCGGAGCGGAUAGCCCGAUGACGUCUGGGCUGAGCGAGAGCGAGUGGGUGCUUGAACGGCUGUGUGAGAGUUUGAUUCGACUGCAGAUGCGGAGGGAGGAGGGAGUGGGGGGGUGA